CAGGUGGUGACACGCAGUGGGAUCACAGCCACGGUGUAAAACCAAACUCCAGCUGCUCCCAGGCACUUGGAGCCCUUUGGCACUGACACCCACGCAGUGAUCUUGGGGUACGGCCAGAGCCAUCUGCUCCCCUAGCAGUGACACCACAAAUUCCCUGGAAAACCACGCGGGAAGAAGCUGGAUGCACCAUCCGUGCCUGAUCCAGUCGUCCCUGCUGCAGGGCAAGGUGACCAGGAUGCUGUGCCAUGGGAAGCCCUGGAGGUCCAUGUGCAAGGGGCUGGUCCUGGGGACCCUCCUGACCAGCUUCAUGUUGCUGCUCUACUCCUACGCCGGCCCCCCGCUGCAAGUCAGCGUGACUGAGAUCCCUGUCCCCUCCUCUUGCUCCUCCCGCCUGUCCCCUGCCAGGGCUCCGGCGGUGUCCAACGGCACAGGGAGCCCCUCAGGAAGGAGCUGCCAGCCCAAGCUCAACGUCAUGUUCAUGAAGACCCACAAGACUGCCAGCAGCACCAUCCUCAACAUCCUCUUCCGCUUCGGGGAGAAGCAUCACUUGAAAUUCGCCUUCCCCAACGGCCGCAACGACUUCUACUACCCGUCGUUCUUCGAGCGCAGCCAAGUGCAGCACUACCAGCCCGGCCGCUGCUUCAACAUCAUCUGCAACCACAUGCGCUUCCACUACGAGGAGGUGCGUGAGCUGCUGCCGCCCGACGCCACCUUCGUGACGGUGCUGCGGGACCCCGCCCACCUCUUCGAGUCCUCCUUCCACUACUUCGGGCCCGUCAUCCCCCUCACCUGGAAGAUAACGGGGGAGGAUAAGCUGGCCGAGUUCCUGCGGGACCCCCGGCACUACUACGACCCCAACGGGUUCAACGCUCACUACCUCCAAAACCUCCUCUUCUUUGACUUGGGCUACGACAACACCAUGGACGCGGGCAGCCCGCUGGUGGAGGAGCACAUCCGCGAGAUCGACCGCCGCUUCCACCUCGUCAUGUUACUCGAGUACUUCGAUGAGUCGCUGGUGCUGCUGAAGGACCUGCUGUGCUGGCAGCUGGAGGAUGUCCUCUACUUCAAGCUCAACGCCCGCAAGGGCUCCACCGUGUCCCGGCUGACCCCCGAGCUGUACGAGCAGGCGACCGCCUGGAACCUCAUCGACGCCAAGCUCUACCGCUACUUCAAUGCCAGCUUCUGGCGCAAGGUGGAGGCCUACGGGAGGGAGAGGAUGGCCAAGGACGUGGCCGAGCUGCAGAGGGAGAAUGAGAAGAUGACGAGCAUCUGCAUCGAUGGGGGGCACGCCGUGGACGCCAGCGCCAUCCAGGAGUCCUCCAUGCAGCCCUGGCAGCCCCUGGGGGAGAAGACCAUCCUGGGGUACAACUUGAAGAAGAAGAUCAACAAGAAGCACCAGAAGCUGUGCCGCAAGAUGCUGACGCCCGAAAUCCAGUACCUGACUGACCUGGGGGCCAACCUCUGGAUCACCAAGCUAUGGAGUUACGUACGGGACUUCCUCAAGUGGUAGGGGCUGGUGGGUGCCGCGCUCCCCCCGGGGAAGAACCAGGUGCUUUUGUUUUUCUUACUCGUGGUUCUUAUGGUUUGGAACUGGCUGGAGGGUUCAGCACCCAGGAACUUUCAGUGGGACCCUCCACCACCUUUCUGCAGAGCCCCAGCUUGGGCUGGAGACUGGAGACUCUGCCUCCACCCACAGGGUCAAGGAUUGAGGAUUCAGGGACAGUGCUUUCCUGCAGGAUCCUUCUUCCUUCCCCACGGAAAGACUGGAGGAGGUAUUUGUGAAGGACGUGGCCCUGUCACAGCGGGAGCAGGACAUCCAUCUGUCCCCACCUUGCUGGGGGCAGCCCAGUGUGAGCAGGGAUGUGCUAGGACAGCAGUGGCAGAGGGUCCCCCUUGUCCAGGGUGGGUAGAACUGCCCACAGGGAACUCCACCCUCCAGGGGCUCCUCAAAUUACCCCUUUGAGUCCUGGUUUGGGGUGCUGGAGUGUUGGAGCCUGCUGCCCAUGGGUGUGAUGAGUGCAGCACAUUCUCAGCCCACCCACAGCCAUCACGCCAUGGCAGGCUAUGACCCAGAGCCACCCAGAGCCCUUUGGAGCCUGGAAAACCCAUCCCAAAAGCCCUGGCAUUUAUCAACAGGUCCCUGUGGGCAAAGGGCACCCCCUCCCUGACCCCCAUCAUCCCAGUUAGAGGGCCCCGUGGCCCUGGUUCCCACAGGGGACAUCCCAGAAGGCUGAUGGGGUCUGGUGAGAACUGGUGUGGGGAGGAGACAGGGAGCGGGGUGUGGUGGGCACUGUCCCUGUGAUGCCAUCCCGGGCAUGGUGGGGACACCAAGGCCAUGGUGUGUCCCCACCCUGCCUUGGGGACAGACCUCCUGUGUCCCAGCUGGGCUGGAUGACCCCGGUGACACUGUAUCCUGCUGAGAGUGGCCCUGGCUGGGCACGGAGGUGGCACCGGUGGCUGAGCCUCCCCUGCAGAGAAGGGACCCCCCUGGCUUCCCACCCGUGUUUGGCUCCUUCUGUAAAGACCAGGAAUAAAAAAACGAUUCUACUUUUGUAAGA